GUGAAGUCUUGGUGGUUGAUGCGACACAGGAAGGUACCAGGGAUUUGACUUUGUUGCUCACUCUGAGCAAGCAGAAUUCUUGGAACAUGCAAUUGGCACGAAACGACUUCGAGUCAGCAGUAGCGUUGGGCAGGAUUCACCUUGUCCGUUGUUUGCUGGACGCUGGUAUAGAUGUACAGCAUUGGAUCGGUGAUAGGUCUGGUGCGUAUGUGCUGGCGCUGGCCUGUGUGCAUCGACAGGCACAGGUGGCGGCGUUGCUCCUCGAGUAUGAUGCCGACAUUGAAUGCCGAGGGACAGAUGGUAUGACACCACUGCUGAAAACGUGCAGAACCGGGGAUGACAGCAUUCUCGACUUGUUGCUGCGAAGACGAGCCAACGCUGGUGCCCAGACCGGCAGGGGCGUCUCGGCCGUGAUGCUGGCUUCCGAGCAAGGGCACGUGGAGGUUGUGCGCAUGCUGCUCCACUUUCGAGUUAACGUUAAUCGGAGGUCUGCCGACAACACAACGCCGCUCAUGUAUGCGUGUGUCAAUGGCCACGCGAGAGUGGUCGGUUACUUGCUUGAGGCCCGAGCUGUUGUUAAUGAACGCGGCCAUGGCAUGACUGCUUUGAUUUGCGCGGCCAAGGCGUCCACGUGCUCAUACCCUUACAACCUGAAGAAAUACGGCAAUGUCCGAUUGCCCGCCCGAGAAGACCGCGUGGAAUGUGCCAAAGCAGCCGUGCAAAAGUUCUGCUCGGGUGGAUCACAUGGACAAUCGCGGUCGAACUGCACUGAUGAUCGGACCGGCAACACGUGCCUUACCGCCGCGUGCACGCUGGGCUACGCAGAAGUGACAGGCUUGCUGCUAGAAGCGAGCGCGUGUGCAAACAUGCGCGGUCCCGGUGGCUGCAAGCCGCUGCUUUGUGCGAUUUUUGAGGGCCAAGCAGACAUUGCUAGUCUGCUGCUCGAAGCUGGCGCCUGCAUUAACUCUCGUGCGCCGCACUCCUCACGCACGGCGCUCACCGUGAGUCUCCUUCAUGGCCACACGGAUAUCGUUCGUUUGCUGCAGGAUGAUCGAUGGGAAAUCAAUACCGAUUCCGAAGGGGUGGGGGAUGAGGAAGACUGCGAAGUUGAUUGA